AUGGUAACGAGGGAUAAGGAUGAAAGCGAACUGGAAGACGAAGGUGGUGAUAAUUCGUUUAGGGGGGAUGGAGAUGGUCAGAUAAAUGGCCUCAGUGAUAGUGGUAGCUCCGGGGUGGAAGUUCAGAUGGUAGUACCUGGAGGGACUGUGCCUUACGGGAAGAUAAGAAAGGAGGAUAAGGCUGAAGCAAUUCGCAAAGGGAAAGAAGCAUCCCUCAGAAUGGACGUAGAACAUUACGCAGAGAAAGAGGCACAUCCUUCACAGAGGCUGUUCACUGAGGACCCAUUCGAAGAGGUCUCCCCCAUCCAGGAUGGGAAUGAGGCUCACGUGCGAAACGAACAAAUGGACAACAUCAAUUUUAAGGCGAAAAAGGUGGUAGGGGGUGAAGAAGAAAAUGAACCAGCAGAGGGGGCGUAUGGGUAUGUAAGUGAUGGAAGUGGCUCCAGCGGAAGGGUUCAAAAUGGAGGUGUCAAUCGUGGUGGAGUACCUGAGGAUGUAAUUAUACUACGUGAUGACGAAAUUGGGGACAGCCACAGGAGGAGGGAAAAUUUAUCAGGCGAAGAAUUAUACACAUGCGAAGAUGAAGAACGGAAGAAUAACCACAUGAUGAAAAAGGGUUACCACAAAAUGGGUAAGGACAACCCUAUGGAUAAGAUGGCACACAAAAGUUUUAAUAAUGUAAAGUACGAAAAAUCCAAUGACUGCACUGUUAUUGCUACUGAGGACGCCGUAACGUUGGGAAGCAGUGUGAAGAAUAGCGAUAGCCAUAAGAGAAGCGCACCUCUGUUUGACGACCCGAGUGUGAAGGAAAAAAAAAAAAUAAAAAAUAAUUCGGGGGAGGAAGCAGGUAUAAAUGGACAGGAAGAAGCUGAAUGCGGAUUGGUGAGAGAUAAGGGGGGGGAUCAGGCGAAAGUACUAACAAAAAAGGAUCCCAGAGGGAGGGAUGUGAAGGAUAACUUCCACCUGUACUGCAAAAAUCACAAUAAAAUUUUCGGAGACGCAGAUGGUGGUGAUUUGUCCAAAUGUGAAAAUGGAGGAAUGAUGAACUCCACGCGGGAGGUUCCUUCGGGCGAUGUAGGUAGUGAUCACGUCGAACCGCUUGACAGUAGCACCGUGGUGAAGCAGGAAAAUGAAGAAGAGACAUGGAAGAACCAAUUGAACGAAAUAUCAAACAUAAUUUACUACACAAAUGGGGAGGAUGAUCUCGUGGAUGAAAUAAAUAAUGUGGAAGACAACCAUAAAGAGAACAAAAUAAUAUACCCUUCAAUUUAUGAGGAUGACAAGAAGGAAUGGUUUCUAACGAACGAGCAAGAUGAUUGGCUGGUCCACAAAAUGUGUGACUGGCUUUACAACGUUAAGGACAAGCUGUACUUUAACAUAAAAACGCAGGGGAUUUACUAUGUGAAUGUGAAGGAUGGAUCCUUCGUAAAAUUUGAGAACUCGUUCGACGAAAGGGGAGAGGUCAAUAUGAGUCAGAGCGACAGUCAAGACGUGCACAAAAACAGCUCCUCGUUUGAAUUGGAUUCUCAUGACCCAUUGGUGGAUAAAAAAGGGAAGACGACUAAUACAGAUGGAAAAAAUGCGUUUGCAAAUAUGAACGACAUGGUGAAUGAUCACAGCGUGGGUGCGAACCGGUGUGUGUAUGUUGAGGACAGCGGCAGCAGGGGAAGCAACUCCAGUCGGGUUGUUAGUCGAAGCAGUAGCGGGGAUGGCGGUACGGAGGGCGACUCUGGUAGCAGCAUUUUGAGGAGUGACAGGAUGGAAAAGAGGAAUGGCGUCCUCACGAGUGGAAGUCCCUCCAGUGACAGUGCGGCACGUGAGGAUCGAUCGAUGGAUAAUAAUUCUUCUGAUAAUCCUUCUGCUGAUAGUCCCUAUACUGCAAGGCGUCGUCCCUGCAGGGAGAACGGCGAAGUGAACGACGAAACGGUGGAAGAAUUCAGCAUGGUGUUGGAGGAUGACCUGGUCUGCGGCACUUACAGCAAAAUGGGAGACCACAACAGAUGCGAGAAUGAAGAUUUUUACGUGACAAAGGAAAUUCUCGACCUGAAUAAUGUAUCGGAGAGUGAUGGGUUGUGUUUCUUCAGUGGGGUCUUUGACGGACACGGUGGAUCGAACUGUGCAAGGUAUGUAAUGAACCACUUGAAGACAAACUUGAUAGCAAAGUUUAGACAGUCGUUUUUAAUUACCUGUAAGAAGCAGUGCAAAGAUAAGGAAUCCAAACUGAAUGACCUGAGUGUUGAGAUAAGGGCAUUGUAUGAUAGCUGCAUUAAGGGGUUCGACAUGACGGAUAAGAAUUACAUAGAAUUGUCGAAGAAGUAUGACUAUAAGGAUGGCUCUACCGCAUGUGUGGUUUUAAUUUACGGACCCGAUGACGAUGGGUCGUUAAAAGUGUUAUGUGCAAACUGUGGAGAUUCAGGUGCACUCAUAUGUCAUGAUAGAAAACCAGUGAAACUCUCCCUAAGGCAUAAACCCGACUUGCAAGAAGAACGAGUGAGGAUACUAAAAUGUGGAGGGAUCAUAGCCAACAUUAAUGGGAUCAACAGGAUUAUCACUAAACAUAAGGUGAAAGGACAGACGGGUCGAGAGAAGACCUUCUUAGCCUUAUCCACCUCUAGAUCCUUUGGAGAUAUUUCAUACAAAAUUCCUAGGAAAAUUGUUUUGUGCAAACCAUUUAUCAGUGUUUACACCAUCGACUUUGACAUGGAUUCAUUUUUAGUCCUGGCCACUGAUGGGAUUUUAAAUGUCCUAACCGACAAGGAAAUCAUCGAUAUCGUUUGGAGGAACAUUCACAGGAAACCGGAGGAGGCAGCAGAGGAGGUGGUCCACGAAGCCUCAAGACGCGACUCCACGGAUGAUAAGACAUGCACCGUCAUUUUCUUUUACUGGAGGAAGGACAUCUUUCGUGGCGAGUCCGAGGAUCCGUCCUUGGAAGCGCCUCCACGGGAGGAGGCCCCCGGCGAGGACAUUAACAUGUUUUCCGAAGUUUUCUGA